AUGGCUGAAGACGUAUUUGAGCACACCCCUGAGGCACUGGGUGGGCAGCAGGGGGGGCCACUCGCUAGGCUGGAGGACAUCGGCACCAUCGCAUUCGUCGAAAUCUCUCAGGCGCGCGUCAGCUCGCUUCAGGUGCCCACAAAGGACAGGACAGUAGUAGCGGCUGUGUGGGUUGGCUCAUGAUGUCCUCCUUGGAUGUGUGUGUUCUUGUCGCAUUCAGGCAGUGCUCGUUGAGCUUGGCUGCCGACGGUCGCUCAGGCAGCUACACGUGGACUCCAGCUAUUUCACCUUCAGCCGCCCUGGCGGCCCUGGACCGGCUCGUCGGCACGUGCUGUCGACCAAACGCCCCAAUCAUACUUGAUGAAUUAACGACCGCCGACGGCGGUUGGGAGUUCGACCUGUCCAUCUUCGACCAUCCCGAGUUCCCCUCCCACCCAUCGCCCGGAUUCGAGACCAUGAUUCAGCAGAUGGCACGGGAAGCCGACGGGUUGCAGUACAUCUUCACUCAGCAGGGCCUCACAGACCCGCACACCAGCCCUAGCCCAUCGGCCAUCGAGAUCGCAUCCAUAUUGUCAUUCGACAAUCUGCGUGGUUCGGUGGAGGUCAAAAACGAUUGGCCUGACUUCAAUCCCCCGGCCAACACCCCGUCGCCCCACCCCGCCAUCAUCAGCCAUCUGCAGCCCUUCCCAAGCCAUGCGGAUCGCCUUAGCCUGGAGGUCUCCAGCAACCUGGGCGGUCCUGCCGGGCGGCUGCUGGCCGCCAAGAUGCCCAAGAAGGUGGGGCGGGUGGACAUCGGAAGGAUAUCGUCUGAGGAGAAGGUGGGCGUGUUGACGGCGCUGGGGAGGGAGAGAGAGGUGAAUUUGGUGGUGGGGCUGGCGCAAGUAGAUGUCGAUCAGCUGGUGGAGGCGGCAGACGGGUUGCCGAUGAUCAAGACACUAGCUUUUACCAUGACACGUACGCCAACAGAAAGGCCAUUUGUGUCCUCCCGUCCUCAGUGGUGCCUUCUGUGUGUUAACCUCCAGUGCCCGAUGAUGGGCAGUCUGCGGCCAGCGCCGUCCACAACCGCCUCUUAUCGCUGAUCCCGCGCAUCAGGGGCCUGCAGUAUGUGACGCUCACGGUCCCCAGCACGACAGCUGAGCAACAUGAUUCCAUCAACUCCUCCCUCCCUGUGGGAACCAACAUCGAGGGCUUGAGCAUCACCGGCGUCGGCCAUGACAGGGGGGACACGUGUGUGGAAAUGGCUGCACCUUCCGAUGCCUGAAGGUGAGAGAAUGGCACUCAUUCAUAAGAAGGGCUGAUUCUGUGACCGUGUUAAUGUCUGCCCUCUAUGUUUUGGUGUUGGUGGUGUUUGUCAGGCUGGCCAGUUGUGUGUGUGUUGACAAGUGACUGACUGACUAACUGACUGACUGGGUGGGUGGCUGGACAGAUUUGGCGGACGGGGAGCUUCAAUGCAAGCCAAAUGCGCUUGGUACUCACCUCUUUCUUUCGGAUCUUCGUUUGCCGGUGGCCGACCAUUUGUGUGAUGCGUGUGUUGCUUUGGCAGACAUUUAUGUCGUUAUGCCGUCUUCGCUGUGUUAUUGCCAUACCUUAUCCCUCGCCCCCCUCCCCCCUGUCGACCGACCCGACCCACAGCGGCGGCAAUCCGCCCGCCCGUCGAGACAGUGACGUGUCGGUCGGUUUAGGUGGUCGGGGGAGGGCGGGGGAGAGGGGCAGGACAGGACCAUCGAGGCGGCCGGCCUGCAUCGGUCAUCGUUUGAUUUUUUGGUCAAAUGCUGGUUUGGUG